AGGCUGGGCGUGAGGCACUGGGUCCUGGCGGGUAGAGAGGUGCGUCUCUCUGGGUCUGGCCCUGGCCCCGAGCCAGGCCUGAGUCACGCUGCUAGCACCCUCCUCCUCCCGCUGCCUCCUCCUCCCAGCUCUUCACUCACCUCCGCACUGUGGCCAGCCAUCCAGCCGUGGGAGGCCCGCCCUGGUGCUGGCUGCUGCCUGUGGCCUUGGGCAGGCCUCAGUAGAGGGGCCAGGGGCUGCCUGUCCUGCCCGCAGCCUGCCGGGGCCUCCCUCUCCCUCUCGCCACUGGAUCCGGCCUAGGUUAAUUAUAACUCUGACCUAAGUGCCCUGUGACACCCUGCCCCCACGGCCCUGCCUGGAGACCCAGCAACCAGAGCCUUCUGUUCCCCAGGUCCAUGUCUCAGCUAUGCUCCCCACGGACGAGCCCCUGUCCCACCUGGGCCCCUCACUGCUGCUGUUGCUGCAGCUGCAGCUACUGCUGCCCCCCGCAUCUGCCUUCUUCCCCAAUAUCUGGAGCCUCCUGGCUGCCCCCGGCUCCGUCACCCACCAGGACCUGACCGAGGAGGCGGCACUCAACGUCACCCUGCAGCUCUUCCUGGAGCAGCCGCCCCCAGGUCGGCCCCCCCUUCGCCUUGAGGACUUCCUGGGCCGCACCCUCCUUGCCGACAACCUCUUUGCCGCCUACUUUGGACCUGGGUCUCCUUCCCGGCGGUUCCGAGCAGCCUUAGGAGAGGUGUCUCGUGCCAAUGCCGCCCAGGACUUCCUGCCGACUUCCAGGAAUGACCCUGACUUGCACUUUGAUGCCGAGCGGCUGGGCCAGGGGCGCACACGCCUGGUGGGAGCUCUAGGGGAGACUGUGGUGGCAGCCAGAGCCCUUGACCACACCCUGGCCCGCCAGCGCCUCGGGGCUGCGCUUCAUGCCUUGCAGGAUUUCUACAGUCACAGCAACUGGGUGGAACUGGGGAAGCAGCAGCCACACCCUCACCUCCUCUGGCCAAGGCAGGGACUGCGGAACCUGGCACAAGUGGGCGAUCCUACCUGCUCCGACUGUGAGGAGUUGAGCUGCCCUGGGAAUUUGCUGGGCUUCACACUCCUCACCUCUGGCUACUUUGGAACUCAUCCCUCCAAACCUCCAGGGAAAUGUAGCCAUGGGGGCCAUUUUGACCAGAGCAGCUCCCAGCCACCACGGGGAGGCAUCAACAAGGAUAGCACAUCCCCAGGCUUCUCCCCCCACCACAUGCUGCACCUCCAGGCUGCAAAACUGGCCCUUCUGGCCUCCAUCCAGGCCUUCAGCCUCCUACGAAGCCGCCUGGGAGACAGGGGUUUCUCCAGGCUGCUGGACAUCACCCCAGCCUCCAGCCUGAGCUUCGUCCUGGAUACCACAGGCAGUAUGGGCGAGGAGAUCAACGCUGCCAAAAUCCAGGCUCGCCACAUUGUGGAGCAGCGACGGGGUGGCCCCAUGGAGCCCACCCACUAUGUCCUGGUGCCUUUCCAUGACCCAGGGUUUGGCCCCGUCUUUACAACCAGUGACCCUGACAGCUUCUGGCAACAACUCAAUGAGAUACAUGCCUUGGGAGGUGGAGAUGAGCCCGAGAUGUGCCUGUCAGCCCUGGAGCUGGCCCUGCUGCACACACCUCCACUCUCAGACAUCUUCGUCUUCACUGACGCCUCCCCCAAGGAUGCUUUUCUCACCAACCGGGUGGAAUCACUGACUCAGGAGCGGCGUUGCAGAGUCACAUUCCUGGUGACUGAAGACCCAUCUAGGGUUCAGGGCCGACCUCGGCGUGAGGUCUUGUCCCCUCUGCGUUUUGAGCCAUAUGAAGCAGUGGCGCUGGCCUCAGGAGGAGAGGUGAUCUUCACCAAAGACCAGUACAUUCGGGAUGUGGCAGCCAUUGUUGCGGACAGCAUAGCUGACCUGGUGACCCUUCCCCUGGAGCCUCCUGUUGUGGUGCCUGAGAGGCCACUUGUGUUCAGUGUGGAUGGGCUGCUCCAGAGGGUCACAGUCCGGAUCCAUGGGGAGGUCAGCAGCUUCUGGAUCAGAAACCCUUCAGGGGUCUCCCAGGGCCAGGAGGAAGGUGAGGGGCCUCUAGGUCAUACUCGCCGCUUUGGGCAGUUCUGGAUGGUGAGCAUGAAUGACCCCCUGCAGACAGGAACCUGGGAGAUCCAGGUCACAGCCAAGGGUACCUCCCGGGUGAGAGUGCAAGCCCAGACCUCCCUGGACUUCCUCUUCCACUUUGGGAUCCCCAGGGAGGAUGGACCCCACCCUGGCCUCUACCCCCUGACUCAACCAGUUGCAGGUCUCCAGACCCAGCUGUUGGUAGAAGUGACAGGGCUGGGCUCCAGAGGAAACCCUGGAGAUCCUCUGCCGCAUUUCUCCCACGUCGUCCUUCGAGGUGUCCCGCACGGUGCCGAGCUGGGCCGGGUGCCUUUGGAGCCCAUGGGACCCCGGGAGCGAGGUCUCCUCACUGCCUCGCUACCGCCCACGCUUCUGUCCACCGCGGGACCCUUCUCUCUGGAGCUGAUUGGCCAGGACGGAGUGGGGCAGGGCCUGCACCGGGCGGCCCCCCAGCCCUGUGCUGUAGUUCCUGUCCUUCUGGAGCUCAGUGGUCCCCCGGGUUUCCUGGCGCCGGGCACCAAGGCCCUGCUCAGCCUCCGCAUCGCCAGCUUCUCGGGCCCUCAGGAUCUCGAUCUUAGGACAUAUGUCAACCCCAGCUUCGCUCUCACCUCCAACCUCUCCAGGGUUCGCCUGGAACAGAACGAGUCCGCCUGGGGGUGCCUGUGGCUGAAGGUACCAGACACAGCCGCCUCAGACUCCGUGGUGAUGGUGACUGUGACCGCGACGGAUCGAGAAGCCAGCACAGUGCCCCCGACCCAUGCCUUCCUCCGGCUCCUGGUGCUGGGCCCCGCCCCGCAGGACCAGCUCCCUGCCCCUGUCCACUCAACUGACCCUGUCCUCACAACCACCAGCCCUGCCUUUCAUCUUUCCACUUUGGUGACUCCGGGCAGGGCUGGGGGAGGGCUGGUGAGCAACCCCUGGUGGGGCACAGUUGGAGCAGUGCUGCUCCUGCUAGGCCUGGCCUCCUGGUGACACAACAGCCCCUAGAGGGAUGGGUCUCUGGCACUGUUUGCCAUCUUGCCCCAUUGGUAAGAAGGUAACAUGGGCCUCUGGACCCUACCUCUCCCAGGUGGGAUGGAGGUUUUCCUUCUCAUGCACUUGUCCCUUUCCAAGAUUGGGAUAGAGGGCAAUGGAUUUUCCCACAAUGCACUUUCCCUAACCCUUGUGGGUAACAAACCAGACUCAUUUUUGGAGAAAGUUGCUUUCUAUUUCUCUGUAGCGUCUUUUUUUUUUUUUUGGCUGCGUUGGGUCUUUGUUGCUGAGCACGGGCUUUCUCUAGUUGCGGCGAGCGGGGGCUACUCUUCGUUGUGGUGCAUGGGCUUCUCAUUGCGGUGGCUUCUCUUGUUGCGGAGCAUGGGCUCUAGGCGCGCGGGCUUCAGUAGUUGUGGCUUGUGGGCUCUAGAGCACAGGCUCAGUAGUUGUGGCACACGGGCUUAGUUGCUCUGCGGCAUGUGGGAUCUUCCCGAACCAGGGCUCGAACCCAUGUCCCCUGCAUUGGCAGGUGGAUUCUUAACCACUGCGCCACCAGGGAAGCCCUCUGUAGCAUCUUUAUUUCACUACUUAUUCAUGCUCUCCCAAGCUCAGGUAGAGGGGAAGAUACAUGGGGCAGUGACUAAGAUUGUAAGUGGGGAGGAGGGUACCCCACCUCCUACCGAAAAGUGUUAUUUAUAGAAUUGCUUUUAUUGAAAUUCUGGAGACGCUUCUAUUUUAUUUUUGAAAUUCUGGAGAUGCUUAUAUUUUAUU